UCAGGAAAGCGCGUCCCCUUUCCUCCUCGGCGGCCCAAGGUGCUGUGUCCUUCAGCUGAAGCUAAGGCCGUCCCCGGCGACUGGCACCGAGCCCCCAUGGCCUCCGUCUCCGAACUCGCCUGCAUUUACUCCGCCCUCAUCCUCCACGAUGACGAAGUCACCGUCACGGAGGACAAGAUCAACGCGCUCAUCAAGGCGGCCGGAGUGAACGUGGAGCCCUUCUGGCCGGGACUGUUCGCCAAGGCUCUCGCCAACAUCGACAUCGGGAGCCUGAUCUGUAACGUAGGAGCCGGUGGGGGGGGCGGUGCUCCAGCCGCGGCUGCCCCCGCGGGCGGCGCUGCGCCUGCGGGCGGUGCUGCCCCUGCUGAGGAAAAGAAAGAAGAGGAAAAGAAAGAAGAAUCAGAGGAAUCUGAUGAUGACAUGGGCUUUGGUCUUUUUGACUAAUUAGUUUUGUACCUGUCCAUAAUAAAGAACAUUGAGAAUUGUA